ACGUCCUUGCACGAAACCAGAAGGAAAACAGCCUGCUCUUGGUAGAGUGGCCCAGAAGGGCUGAAAGAUUUAAGGUCGUCAAACUACAGUCAUCAUGGCCGAUCUCGAGGUGGGAGAUUACGUCAUCAUCGGCAUUCAUUUCGUCAUCACAGUUAUCGUUGGACUUUGGCCAUCAUGCCGCGGAGGGCGGUCUUCAGCCAAAGGAUACUUUCUAGCAGGGCGGGCGAUGCCGUGGUGGUUGGUGGGCACGUCAUUGUUUAUGAGCAACAUCGGUAGCAGUACAUUCAUCGCUCUGGCGGGAGCAUCGUCUUCUGUAGGGAUAGCGGUCAUCUGUUACGAGUACGGGGGUCUAUUCGGCGUGUUGCUGCUGGGCUUUCUCUUCAUGCCCGUCUACAUCUCAUCGGGAGUGUACACCAUGCCCGAGUAUCUGCAGAAGAGGUUCGGCGGCAAGAGGCUCAAGAUCUAUUAUGCUGUCCUGUCACUACUACUGUUUCUGUUCACCAAACUGUCGGCGGAGAUCUACGCUGGCGCAGUGAUUAUCAAGGCGACGCUCGGCUGGGAUGUCUACGUAUCUGUGCUCGCCUUGCUAGCGGCAACCGCCCUCUACACGGUGCUAGGAGGACUAGCUGCAGUCAUAUACACAGACUUUCUACAGGCUGUGGUCACAUUGAUUUCGGCAACCAUCUUGGCAAUUAUGAGUAUGAUACGAAUCGGUGGCUACGAAGCCAUGAAGAAUAAAUACAUGGAUGCUGUUGGCGUUAACGCGACCAUGAACUCGACCUGCGGGCACCCUGACCCGUACGCCUUCAACAUCAUGCGGCCAGCGACCGAUCCAAACUACCCUUGGCCUGGCACAGUGUUCGGGGCCAGCAUCUUAGCAACCUUGUAUUUCUGUACUGAUCAGGUGUUAGCCCAGAGGAUCUUAGCAGCGAAAGACCUCACCCACGCCAAGGCAGGGAGUGUACUUGCCGCCUGUUUGAAGGUUCUACCAAUCUUUAUCAUGAUCUGGCCUGGAUUAGCUAGCCGCGUCUUCUUCCCUGAGACCCUCGCGUGUGCCACCGCCGACGAUUGCAGGGCUGCCUGUGGUAACGCCGCAGGAUGUGCCGACGUAGCCUAUCCGAAACUCGUCCUGGAAAUCCUGCCAGUUGGUCUGAGAGGGUUGAUGUUGGCGGCCAUGUUGGCAGCUCUGAUGAGUUCUCUGACGUCCAUCUUUAACAGUGGUGGGACUGUGUUUACUAUCGAUCUGUGGACGGAGUUUAGGAAGAAGGCUUCCGAGACAGAGCAGAUGAUUGUGAGCAGGCUGUUUGUCCUCGUUUUCGUCGGACUUGCCGUAGCGUGGCUUCCACUGCUCGAGAACACAGAAGGAGGGCAGCUGGUGAACUAUCUCCAGGGCGUCAACUCGUACCUGGCCCCACCCACCCUCUCCUGCUAUUUGGCUGCUGUCCUCUGGAAGCGAACCAAUGAACAGGGUGCAUUCUGGGGGCUAAUGGUCGGCCUCAUCUUGGGUGUUGUCAGGAUGAUUGCCAGCUUCGCCCUUCCAGCGCCACCUUGCGGCCAACCAGACACUAGACCAGACAUCUUGGCAAAAUGGCAUUUCUUACAUUAUGCUGUGUUCCUGUUCGUGUUGAGUCUCGUUGUGACUGUUGUUGUCAGCUUGCUGACGGAACAACAGAAGGAAGAGGAGCUCCAAGGUCUUACGUGGUUAACAAGAAACCAAGUCAAUCGAUCCACGCUCAAAGAUGAAGAAACAGAAGUGGAAGCUGUCCUUUCGGACUUAGACAAAACACUUGGCGACGAAGUUAAAUAUCAACCAAAAGAAUCAUGCGCACGCAGAUCCUUCAACUUCAUCUGCGGCGUUACUAGUGAGGAUUCAAAGGUCCCGGAUGAAGAGAGGAAGGCAAUGGAAGAGAAAAUGAACAUGCUGGCGAUGUCAGAGAAUCCAAAAUGGCGGAAAUUUGUUAACAUCAGCGCUUUGUUCAUGGUGGCUGUCGGGGUAUUCUUCGUUGGCUUCUUCUCGUAAAAUCACCACUGUGUUGAUGGAAGAACGAUUUGUUGUCAAGUCUUAACAACAACAACAAGAACAGUUUCCAUGGGUCAAG